AUGAAGCCAAGCACUCCAUAUUCUGCCUUUAAAAAAUUUUACAGGCCCUCAAAAUCCAAUAGUGGAAACAAUCAAAAAGGAGAUGGAAGCUUACUCCCGCUCCUAACGAAAAAAAAAAUUUUAAAAAAUUGAAUUAAUCUCCAUCCAUAAGUGAAAAAAUUCAUUGCUCGCAUUUGGAGGGUUGUUAGCAAAAUUAAUUAAAAGACGAGCAGACGCAAGUAAAGAGUUGAAUCCCACAAAUAUCAAACUUAAUGAUUCUCUUCCCUCCUUAUUGCUAAAACCAAAAUCAUCAGAAGAUAUGCCCCCAGAACAAUUUAAUGCCACUCCUCAGAAGAAGCCUCAGCUUAAGCAGCUCCCUUCCCUCUUAGUUAGUCCAAGCCGGAAAUCAGAGAUAAAGCUCGACAUUGAUAAAGCCAACCAGACGAUAUUUAGCAAUACCAAUUUCCUCCCAUCUCAGCGGGAGAUAAUUGAGUCAGCUUUAAAAGGAAACGACAUCUUUGUAUGCUUGCCUACAGGUGCAGGGAAAUCUCUUACUUUUCAGCUGCCCGCAGUCGUAUCAGAAGGAAUUACCGUUGUAGUAAUGCCGCUUAUAUCUUUAAUUCAUGACCAAAGUGUCCAUCUCCAGAAGCUUGGCAUAAACUCGAGAGUAUUCAACUCAAUGCAGUCCCUUGCUGAGCAGGACAGGAUUUUUUGAGAAAUUGAAGAAGAUGAAAGCAUUAAAUUGCUGUUUGUGACUCCUGAAAAAAUAUCUCAAAGUGACAGGAUUAAUAAUUUAUUUGCGGAUCUUUAUAGGAGAAAGAGACUAGUAAGGUUUGCAAUUGAUGAAGCGCAUUGUAUAAGUAAAUGGGGAAGAGAUUUCAGGGCUGAUUAUUUGAAGCUGGGAUGUCUGAGAAGUGAAUAUCCGAAUGUACCGAUUAUGACUCUGACUGCUUCUGCGACAGAAAUGAUUAGAAAAGAUAUAAUUACCUUGCUUGGAAUGAAAAAUCCUCAGCUUUUCCUUAGCAGCUUUAAUCGGCACAACCUAUUUUACGGAGUUUUCAAAAAAGGAACAAAUGUUAAUGAAGAAAUCGCACAUUUUAUUAAAGAAAACCACCCUAAUUCUUCUGGCUUGAUUUAUUGUUUAUCUAAAGAAGAAUGCUCUCAUUUAGCUAAAGUACUCAAAAGGACGUACAAAUUUAAAGUUGAAGCUUACCACUCAGAUAUUGACGCUUCCCAAAAAACUGAGAUCCACGAAAAAUGGAAAAGAGGGGAUCUGCAGAUUAUUGUUGCAACCGUCGCAUUUGGGAUGGGAAUUGACAAGGCAGAUGUCAGAUUUGUCAUUCAUUGCUCCUUUCCGAAGUCACUGGACUCUUAUUAUCAAGAAACAGGGAGAGCAGGAAGAGACGGGAAUCCAGCUGAUUGCAUUCUUUAUUAUGCGGCUAAUGAUAAAAGUAGGCAUGGAUUUCUCAUUGGAUCUAACUUUCAAGGAAGCACUCAAAAAGAUUAUAAUGAGCUUUCAAAGAUGAUUGAUUAUUGCGAAAAUCGGCUUGCCUGCAGAAGAACUCUGUUGCUUGGCUACUUUGGGGAAGAUUUCCAAGCAGAAAAUUGCAAUAAUAUGUGCGAUAAUUGUAAGGCAAAAAGAUUUGGCGAAGAAAAAGACUUCACAGAAGAAGCAAAGAAAAUUAUUGAAGUACUAGAAGGACCAAGAAAUGGGAUAAACACACUUAUACAACUUACAAACUUUCUGCUUGGGAAAAAAGAAAAAACGAAUAAUCAUAGCUUGAUGGAACAUUUUGGGCUGCUGCAGAAGCAAAACCCUGAUACCAUUUCUAAAAUUCUAAAGAAAAUGCUUUUAGAAGGAGUUCUCCAAGAAAAAGCCGUCUCAUCUGCAUAUACUGGGACUUUUGCUUAUAUUGAAACCGGGUCUAAUGUGCUUAAAUUAAGGAGAAAUCAAAUUAAAAUAGCAAUUUCUGUAGAAAUCAAAGGUUUAGAAUUAGCCAAAAAGCUGAAAAAUGAUGUAAAAAUUGAAAAUAAAACUGAGGAAAUCAAAAUACCAGUAAAUAAUGAAGAAGAUGAAGAAAGCAGAAAAUAUGGGAAAUGUCAGCAAAAAGAAACCUUUGAAGAAAUUAAAAGCAGACUUACUAUGACUUUGAAGAGACUUUCAAAGCAGCAAGGAGUCGGUCCAGAUGAAAUUAUUUCUGAGCAAAGCUUAGAUCGGCUAUGCAGAGAUCUGCCAGAAAACUGCGGAAACUAUCCAGCGGAAAUUAGUCAAGAAAUCAAGCAUUUCAAAAAAAUAAAUGGGAUUGAGCAACGAUAUGAGUUUGAAAUAGACCUAGAAGCUGUCGAUUUCGAAUCAGUUGAAUUAAAGAGGAAACCAGCUAUAGAUGAUUCAGGAAUAAAGAGAAUCAAGCCUAAUUGUUAA